GCUUAUGGUAGAUGCAGUAGAUCAUGAGGUGAAGGAUGAAUCAGGAAUCAUGGCAGUCAGUGUUGUACAGAUAAACAGAUUCACUCUCUGAACACACUGAAGGAGAGAGAGAGACAGAGAGCAGUUGAGGGAGGAGUAGAAGGGAGCGUUCAAACACGCACCACCCUUUCCUCUCAUCUCUAUUAGUGCUGACACUGAAACCUCAUCUCACAAUACUCCAAAUUUACAGCAAACUCUAUCCCAGCUCUAUUCUACAGGUAGCAAAGUCCCUUCUGGAUUGAAGAGCAACCCUUCACUCGCACGGCUCACACUCACAGAUUCAUCAGGAUGUGGAUGGUGCUGCUGGGACUCGUGUCUGGAUUACUGGCCUCCUCCAGAUCAGAGGCGACCACAGCUGUCAGGUUGGUGAAUGGACCCAACCUGUGUUCUGGAAGAGUGGAGGUUCUCCACAAUGGAAUAUGGGGAACAGUGUGUGAUGAUCUUUGGGAUUCUACAGACGCGGAAGUGGUGUGUAGAGAACUGGGCUGUGGGAGUGUUAUAGAGGCAAAGAGUUCUUCUUAUUUUGGACAAGGUUCUGGACAAAUAUGGUUGGAUGAUGUCCAGUGCCGUGGGAAUGAACCUACACUGAAAAACUGUUCAUCAAGUGGAUGGGGAUCACAUAACUGUAGGCACAGUGAAGAGGCUGGAGUCAUCUGCCAAGUUGUCAGGUUGGUGAAUGGACCCAACCUCUGUUCUGGAAGAGUGGAGGUUCUCCACAAUGGAAUAUGGGGAACAGUGUGUGAUCAUCUGUGGGACUCUACAGACGCGGCCGUGGUGUGUAGAGAACUGGGCUGUGGAAGUGUUAUAGAGGCAAAAAGUGCUGCUUAUUUUGGACAAGGUUCUGGACAAAUAUGGUUGGAUGAUGUCCAGUGCCAUGGGAAUGAAUCUUCACUGAAAAACUGUUCAUCAAGUGGAUGGGGAUCACAUAACUGUGGACACAGUGAAGAUGCUGGAGUCAUCUGCCAAGCUGUCAAGUUGGUGAAUGGACCCAACCUCUGUUCUGGGAGAGUGGAGGUUCUCCAUAAUGGAACAUGGGGAACAGUGUGUGAUGAUCUGUGGGAUUCUACAGACGGGGCAGUGGUGUGUAGAGAACUGGGCUGUGGGAGUGUUAUAGAGGCAAAGAGUGCUGCUUAUUUUGGACAAGGUUCUGGACAAAUAUGGUUGAAUAAUGUCCAGUGCCGUGGGAAUGAACCUACACUGAAAAACUGUUCAUCAAGUGGAUGGGGAUCACAUGACUGUGAGCACAAAGAAGAUGCUGGAGUCAUCUGCCAAGCAGUCACAACACGCCAACAAAACGCUGGAGCGGAAGAUAAUGAAACUUCAACGUCUGAGGAGUUGGGAGAUUCAUCAGUGUCUACUCCAGUUCUCUGGACACAAACCAGUGCCACAUGGAGCCCAGUGGAGGACAAUGAGACCGAUCAGACACAUGAUAUAGACCAUACAGAGCAUAUAGAGGAGUCCACAACCUCACAACUAAAUACACACACCACAGAGCUGGCAAUGGGCAAGAGAACGUCCACUCAUGAAACACCCGCCAAUAAAACAGCUCCAGGAGAUGUCAACCCAAACCACAGAUCUUCAGGAUCAGAUACGGUCAGGUCAUCAAACUGGCUGGGCAUUUUCUUGACAAUAUUGGCAGUUCUCCUCGUUGUGCUUCUCUGUGUUAUUGUAGCAAAAAGAAAAAGAUGGUGUGGCAAGAAACAAAGCAGCAGUGCAGAAAAUGGUGCAUCAGCGUCAAUCACUCGGGAGCAGGAGAUGGUCACACUCAUGAACACUGAAUAGAUCCCGAGGAACAGCAGCUCAGAGCUUGUCAACAGAGAAAACAUUCUAAAACAUGACCAGAGAAAGUGACAUAGCAAAAAACAAACAAACAAACAAAAAAGCUUUGAGACUAAGGGCCAGAUUUACUGAUAGAAUUAUAAGCGCAAACAUUAGUAAAUCGCGUUGCAUGAUUCAUUUAAAUACUCUCCUCCCAUAAAUUUUGCGACUGAAAGGGAAACUUCUACAGAUGCAUAUGCAAUAAGGUCAGCCACAAAAACAACUCAGUCCACGCCUUUUCAGUGCUAAUUUUACACUGCGUGUCUGUAGUAAAUCCCGACAGUAGUUUUUUAACGGCAAAAGAGGGUUUGCACUGGCUCAAGCUGUUAGUAUAUCUGGCCCUAACACCGUGUCCUAACUAGCCGCGACGGUGUCACGCAAUGAUUCUAUUUCAGAAAUGGUUUCUAUUUUUCUGCGACGUUGUGGCUAGAACAACAACACAAAGUAUGGUAAUGAUAAUCUAAGGUACAGUUUAUGUGCUUUAUUUAAUGUUAAAAGCAUCUAAUGUGAGUUUGAAUAUCAUUUUGUGUGUUUUUUUGUAGCCAAACUGAAAGCAACAAUAGACAUUUCAUCUCAGAUUUUCAAAAUAAAUAAAAGGAAACAGUAACGUUCAAACUGUUAACUCAUUGUGAACAGACAAGUGUAUUCUAUGACAAAGAUUGUUUCAGUAACUCAGUAUGUUUUUUUAAUAAUGUUAAAAAAGUGUAAUAUUCAUGAAUUUGGCUACGUACUUAUCAAUUUCGUUGUGAGUGCCGGGAGCUUGCCGAGAGAGCCUGCCCACGCGCUCUUCUGAUUGGCUGUGAUUUUUUAUUGACUUUAUCGUAUCUCAUAAUCGCGUCGCAUCAAAAUAAGGUGAAGGAUGUAAGGAUCAAAUCUGAGUUCUUGAGAACAACCUGCUGUAUUUUUGUGUGUGUGUAUUCAUUUUAUAUUUCAGUAUUAAGUGAUUUUUAAUUUUACACUAGUGUAUAUGUGAAAAGUGAUUUUUUUUUUUUCUCCAGUGGCUUUGCUUGGUAUAAUAACACUGGUGAAAUCAGUGCUUGUCAGAUGAUAGACACAACUAAGAUUGUUUAAUAAACUCAGUUGUUUCUGUCACUUGGUCUCCUG